UGUCAGGUGUCAAGGGGCAGGGGGUCGGUCGGUCUGGUCUGGUCUGUCGGCCGCAAGGUGCUGUCGCUCCCGCUAUCAAGGCUCAAGACGUUGCCCUCAUUCAUGGCCGCUGGCUUGUUUGCCCUGCUGGGACGGUGGCCGUUCCUCAGAGCGAUCCGAUUGGCCCGGAGUUUACCAGCUAUUAAUUUGCACAUAACUGGAACAGCCAUGGUUGCGACAGAAGCUGAGUUUGAUAUUGCAAAGGAUAAAUUGAAGACUUUAACCAAGGAUCCUGGAAAUGAAGUCAAAUUAAAGAUAUACGCAUUGUUUAAACAGGCUACGCAAGGACCAUGCAGUUCACCAAAGCCAAGUAUGUUGGAUUUCGUCAACAAGGCAAAAUGGGAGGCUUGGAAUUCACUUGGGAAAGCAACCACGGAGGAAGCCAGGCAGAUGUACGUGGAUCUCAUUGAAGAGCUGGUUUCUGCUGAUGCUCCCCCGCAGAGGAAAGCGACUGCCACAAAGGAUGGAACGUCGUCAUUCCAGACACUGGACGUCACGACUGAGAACAACAUCACCACUAUUACUCUAAACAGACCAGACAGAAAGAAUGCCAUUUCAAUUUUGAUGUACAAUGAAAUCAUGCAGGCACUCGAGCAAGCUGCAAAGGAUGACUCUACACUAACUGUAAUGACAGGCAACGGGGAUUACUACUGCAGUGGGAAUGAUUUGUCCAACUUCACUAAUAUUGCACCAGAAAAUAUGGAACAGUUGGCCAAGGAUUCAGCUGCACGACUCAGGAAGUAUGUAAGCUGCUACAUAGACUUUCCCAAGCCACUCAUUGGAGUAAUUAAUGGCCCAGCUAUUGGAGUUGCUGUCACAGUGUUGGGAUUAUUUGAUGUCGUCUACGCCACUGAUAAAGCCAAUUUCCAAACGCCUUUCAGUCAACUUGGUCAAAGCCCGGAAGGCUGCUCAUCGUACACCUUCCCCAAAAUAAUGGGCACCACUAAGGCUAAUGAAAUCCUCCUAUUCAACAAGAAGUUUACGGCAGCUCAAGCUUGUGAGCUGGGUCUGGUCACGGAGGUGUUCCCUGACGCUACCUUCCAGAAAGAGGUUUGGAACAAGCUCCACGCCUAUGCAAAACUGCCCAAGAAUUCACUGAUAUAUUCGAAGCAGCUGAUAAGAGGUGUAGACAAGGAGACGCUGCACGUGGUCAAUGCCCAGGAAUGUGACAGGCUGGAAGAGCGAUGGCUAUCUGUGGACUGCAUCAAUGCCAUCAUGAGUUUCUUUGAGAAGAGGUCCAAGUUAUGAUUCAGUUUCAUCAGCGGUCAGUAGUUGACACCAGGAAACAUCCUACAACAUCACUAUACUCCUCGUCCCUCAUCUGAUCACCCCUCUCCUUAUCUGUCACCCUCUUGGCUCCUUGACAUCUCCGGCCUUUGUCCACCCAUCUGCAAAUCACCUGCCCUCGUACCUGAAUCCACCUAUCACUUGCUAGGGGUUAGACACAAAGUUCUGGAGUACCUCAGCGGGUGAGGCUGGAGAAAAAGGAUGGGUGAUCUUUUGGGUCGGGACUUUUCUUCAGGCUCUUCUGACCUGAAACAUCACCGAUCCAUAUUCUCCAGAGAUGCUGCCUGACCCACUGAGUUACUCCAGCAAUCUGUGAAACGUCACCUAUCCAUGUUCUCCACAGACGCUGCCUGACCCGCUGAGUUACUCCAGCACUGUGUGUUUUAAUCAUUAAGCUCUUAAUGUUUUGGAUUAUGGAAGUUUAAUUAUUUUAUAAUUACAUUAUUGAAAUACUGUGGUAGUCACACCUUUGCUUGGUUUUGCUCUGAACCUUAAACCUUCCACACGUACAGAGUUUAAAAUAUUAGCUUAACAUGAUUGGUAUAUUGACUAAUGAUUAAUUGUGUUGUGGUGGGAGGAACUGAAAACAAAAUGGUUAAUGCGGAAUUAUUUUUAUGUUCAAAAUCUGUAACUUUGCAUCAUAAAAGGAUAGUACCAAAAACAAUAAAAAGGGUAUUUUGGAUGU